UGUGUGUACGCUGUGUGUGUGUGUACGCUGUGUGUGUACGCUGCGUGUGUGUGUGUCUGUGUGUGUGUGUGUGUGCUGUGUAUCCUCAGAGAGAACAGCAAACCCCGGGCCAUCCUCAGAGAGAACAGCAAACCCCGGGCCAUCCUCAAACCACGCAAGGUGUGUGUGGGAGGGAAGCGUCGUAAAGACGAGGUGACUGUUGACAGUCUGGACGUCAGUAAGAAAAUCCUCCACUCCACCUGGCACCCACAGGAAAACAUCAUCGCCGUGGCAGCCAGUAACAACCUUUACAUCUUCCAGGACAAGGUCACCUAGGGGUCAGCUUACUUCUGACCUCUAAGCCCUGACCCCACGCAGGGGAAGAGAUGGAGGGAGAGACUGAGAGGAUGGAGAGAGCGCUGGAGGGGAGUUACAGAGACAGAAGAGGAGAGGGAUGGAGGAGAGG